AUGUAUUAACAUUCGCACUCUUGUCUUGUCCGGAGAUAUUAAAGAAUAUAAAAUGUCGAAAUUGGUGUUUUUUGCUUUAUUGGCCUUGUCCGUCGCGUUGUCUGAAGGGAAGGUAUUUUCUUCAGACUGUGAGCUGGUGAGGGAGCUGAGGAAGCAUGGGUUUCCUGAAAAUAAAAUGGCCGACUGGGCGUGUCUGAUCAAGGCGGAGAGCUCCCGAGACACGGGCAAGGUGAGCAAGCCCAACCGGAACAAGUCGGUGGACUACGGGCUGUUCCAGAUCAACGACAAGUACUGGUGCAGCAACACCGCCACUGCCGGCAAGGACUGUCACGUCACUUGUCGCGAGUUGAUAACUGACGACAUCACGAAGGCGUCCCAGUGCGCGCACAAGAUCUUCAAGCGCCACGGGUUCAACGCCUGGUACGGAUGGAAGAACAAGUGCCAGGGAGCCCUACCUGAUGUCAGCAAGUGCUGAAGAGAGAGAGACGAUGUGACAGACUAUAUUAAAUCUUUGGAUGUAAUAUUCAUAUCGUUUUUUAAUUAAUUACCUACAUCACAACGUUCGAAGUUCGACUACCGGACUUGCUCAUGGGAUACCUGGAUACCGGGAUGGGAUACCUGGGAUAAAAAUUGGCUAACUAGUAUUUAUAAAUUCAAAACCAUAAUAUAAGUAAUAAACUAGUUAGUAACUUUAUAGUCAAAAAAACUAUAAGAAAUAUGAAAAAUCAUUAUAAUCGACGUUAGUAGUAAGGAAACCCCUAUAAGUAAGACGUAGCUAGUGACGAUUCAGACACGAAUGUAGUAUUUUACCUAUUAUCGAUAAGAAAGCGUAUAAAAAUACAAAUAAUAACCGUAUACAAGUACCUAUUAAUAUUUGUAGGUACAUUCUCGGGAUGUUAUGAACAUAGUUAGUUAUUUGAAAGAUUAAAGAUAGAGUUACCCAUUGGAUAUAAACUCUAAACAGUUCAGGGGUUUACAUUUCACUCACUGGGUCUGGAAUAGUCUGGAUGCAAAAUUCUCUAUCUUGAGAAGCUGGCCAGUUUAAAACCAAUUUUAUUUGCUUUUUAUA